ACAACCGGUUUACAUUAAGUUCCGGGUUUUGACUGGACAGUUCUUUCUCUAAGCUCUCUCAGAUUUGCCUUCAACUGCUUUUACAAAAUGUCAGAAAUCUCUGAAAUCGAUGAAGGAUUCUACUCCCGACAACUUUAUGUUCUGGGCCACGAGGCGAUGCACCGAAUGGGCUCAGCCAAGGUCCUCAUAGCAGGAAUGAAAGGUCUGGGAGUAGAAAUUGCCAAGAAUGUGGUCCUGUCCGGAGUUAAACAUGUCACUGUCCAGGACGAAGGAAUGACAACAUGGAGCGACCUGUCAUCUCAGUUUUUCCUGAAGGAGUCUCAUCUUGGUCAGAACCGGGCUGCAUGCUCGGUACAACAGUUGGCAGUUUUAAACCCGCAUGUGGUUGUGGAACAAUAUACUGGACCACUAGAUGAAAACCUUCUUCUGCAAUAUCAGGUAGUGGUCCUCACUGACUCCUCAUUGGAGGAUCAGAAGCGUUUUGGGGAGCUGUGUCAUUCACAUGGGAUUAAGUUCAUUGUAGCAGACACCAAGGGGCUCUGUGGUCAGCUGUUCUGUGACUUUGGGGAGAAAUUUGAGGUCUUGGACCGGGAUGGAGAGAUGCCUGCAUCAGUGAUGAUACAAUCUAUUUCUAAGGAUAAUCCUGGAGUGGUGAUCUGCACAGAUGACCAGAAGCACGGACUCUCAGAUGGCGAUAAAGUUAUUUUUUCUGAAGUGCAAGGCAUGACAGAACUAAACAAUAUGGGCCCCGUGGGAAUUAAAGUCCGGGGCCCGUAUUCCUUCAGCAUUGGUGACACUUCAGCCUUUUCUGAGUAUGAACGGGGUGGAGUGGUGAAUGAGGCUAAACAGCCAGUCCUGCUAAAUUUUAAACCACUGAGUGAGGCUUUACAGGACCAUGAUCUGCUGGUAAUGAACGACUAUGGAAAAAUAUCUCGGCAUCAGACCCUGCACUUGGCUUUCCAAGCACUCCAUAGCUUUGUGAAGAAAGAAAAGCGACUCCCUGGUCUCUGGUCCCAGUCUGAUGCAGAUUACCUGCUAACCAUAGUGAGAGAGCUAAAUGAAGUCGCACAACUGGAAGAGCUAGAUGAGGUCACAGUACAAAGCCUGUCGUACACAGCCCAGGGGGAUUUGGCUCCCAUCAAUGCUUUCAUAGGAGGCUUGGCUGCUCAGGAAGUCAUUAAGGCAUGCAGUGGGAAAUUCACACCUCUUCAGCAGUGGCUAUAUUUUGAUGCACUGGAGUGCCUGCCUGAGGAUCAGCCGACAGAAUGCUCAUUUGCGAUGAACGGCACAAGGUAUGAUGGACAGAUUGCUGUGUUUGGCUCCGCGUUCCAGGAGAAGCUUCAACGGCAGAAGUAUUUCCUGGUUGGAGCUGGUGCUAUCGGCUGUGAGCUUCUUAAAAACUUUGCCCUUAUGGGGCUUGGUGCAGGAGAUGAUGGACACAUCACCAUAACAGACAUGGACUCAAUAGAAAGAUCCAACUUGAACCGCCAAUUCCUGUUCAGGACUCAUGAUGUCGGGAAACCUAAAUCAAAAGUUGCAGCCAGAGCUGCGUGUGACAUAAACCCACAGAUGAGAAUCACAGCGCACCAGAAUCGCCUGGAUGCUGACAGUGAAGGAGUAUACGACUACUGCUUCUUCAUGGGCCUCGAUGGAGUGGCUGCAGCCCUUGACAACGUGGAAGCCAGGGUCUAUCUUGAUGGACGCUGUGUGCAACACCAGAAGCCAAUGCUGGAGGGGGGCACUCUAGGGACCAAAGGUCACACCCUGGUGGUGGUUCCUCACCUGACGGAGUCUUAUGGACCGAAUAAAUCAAGUUCUAGCAAUGCUAUCCCGCUGUGUACUCUCAAGAACUUCCCCCACCGCAUUGAGCACACAUUGCAGUGGGCGAGGGACCAGUUUGAAGGACUGUUCAAACAGACACCUGAAAAUGUAAAUUUCUUCUUGAGGGAUACGGCAUUUAUUAAGCGAACUCUAGAUCUUGGUGACACUGAGGCCUUGGAGAUUCUCGGAGGAGUGUGGAGCAGCCUGCAUGACAUGGAAGCUGGAGGACAGCGUCCAAAGUCCUGGGAAGACUGUGUGCGCUGGGCACGUUGCAAGUGGGAGACCCUGUUUAACAACGAAAUCCGUCAGCUUCUGCACUGUUUCCCUCCCGAUGAGAAGACCACUCAUGGCUUGCCGUUCUGGUCUGGAUCCAAGAGAUGCCCUCACCCCCUGACGUUUGAUCCUAGCAUUACUACUCAUAUUGAGUACGUGAUGGCUGGAGCUAAUCUGUAUGGGCAAAUCUAUGGGAUCAAAGGGACAAGGGACUUGACCUCCAUCAGAGGAAUCUUAGAAAAUAUCCAUGUGCCAGCUUUCACUCCCAAGUCCUCUGUGAAGAUCCAUGUUACUGACAAGGAGAUGGAGGAGGAGAAAAAACGUGAAUGCGAUGAUGCGGAAAAGGUCAGACUUGAGGAGUUGAAAGGAAAGUUGACCUCGCCCUCUCUGAAGAGCUCAGCUCAGAUGUACCCUAUCGACUUUGAGAAGGAUGAUGACAGCAAUUUCCACAUGGACUACAUUGUUGCUGCAUCUAACCUGAGAGCAGAAAACUAUGACAUCCCUGCAGCUGAUCGUCACAAGAGUAAGCGCAUUGCCGGAAGGAUCAUCCCUGCCAUAGCCACCACGACAGCCGCGGUGGCAGGCCUCAUGUGCCUGGAGCUGUAUAAGCUGGUUCAGGGUCACCAAAAGAUCAGCUCUUACCGCACGGCUUACAUCAACCUGGCCGUCCAGUACUUUGUCAUGUCCCAGCCGAGCCGGCCUCAGCAGUUUGAAGUUGCAGGAAAGAAAUUCAGCCUGUGGGAUGACUUCCUCGUUGAGGGCAGAAGAAGUGGUCAGCAGGAAAUGACCUUGGAGGAUCUGUUCCAGUGUAUCAGGGAAAAGUGCAACUUGAAUGUCUGCAGUCUUUUCUAUGGGAAUUCUGUCUUAUUCAAUGGACACAAAGAGAGGCUGAAGAAGAGGGUGUCUGAUGUAGUGAAGGAGGUAACAAAGGAAGACAUCCCUCCACAUAAGAAGAUGCUGGAAUUAAUCCCGUCAUUUUCUGAAGACGAGGACUGCGAGUCAGUCCCAACGAUCAGAUACCUUUACUUGUGAUACCAUCGGCACAGUUUCAGUACAUAUGAGUUUCAUGGAUCUGCUGCUGUGUAACAAGGGGAAUUCUCAGGAUCUAACAUUUAAAAAUGAACAGAUUUUAUUACCCGAGCUUGAUAUUUGAAUGAUUUUCUUCUGCGUUUUUAUUCCUCGUGUUUUUAAAUUAUUGAAAUGGCAUGAUUUUUGUUAGACUGCAUUCUUUGUUGUGUUAAUGAUCUAUGUUUAAAAAACACUGAUAUAUCGAUUUAUAAAUCAUUUUACCGAAAAUGAGGAAUCUUGGCAAACUGCACUCUUUUACCUAAAGUUUUGAGAAGUUGUGAAGUUGCAAAGACAUACAUGAUAGAUCUCGCACUACUGGGCCAGUGUUGGUAAUUUGGCUUAAGUUAAGGUCAUGCUGUGCACAGUGUUUGUGGAUACGGAAGAUAUACUGCCAUAUGUUCAGAGUGGAGAAGCCAAAGUCAUUUAGCAGGAUUUCAUCUGUCCUCAGCAUGCUUCUGUACAUUCCCCGCCCCUUUCUGCAGAUUUCUGCAGUUUCACUCCACACCCUCACAUUAACAGGCUGACAUUAUUAGCACGCUCUUGAUGCUCUUGUCUGAAUUUGAUUUAUAUAAAGUGAAUCAGCUCUGUAAUUUUCUCUGCAACUACUUAAUAUAUGUCUUCAACUUUACCUUGUAAUUUGCAUGAUGAUGCAAUUUGCGAUUACAUUCAGUUGGAACAAUAAAAUGCCUCUUUGAGGAACAAGUUA